CUUCUCCAAUUACAAGAUGGGCAAGAAAAACGCUGAAACCUCUUCUGGGAGACCUAAACGCGGCCGUGGUGCCCGAGGAAGAGGAUCUUCUUCAAGAACUAAUUCGAAGGCAACAUCUGACAAAAGGCUAGAAAGAACUUCUCAAGACUGGCGACCAGACAGCGCUAUAGAUGAUGUUGGGGCGGAGCAAGACAAUGGUUUGGAGCAUGAAGAUGAUGACCAAGUCCAUAUAGAUGUCCCUGUAGCGAUGUGGGACUUUGAUCACUGUGAUCCACGACGUUGCUCUGGGAAGAAACUUGCACGACUGGGACUGAUAAAGGAGCUGAGAGUUGGAACACGCUUUAGAGGUGUCGUUGUUUCUCCGAAAGGCAUCCAAGUCGUCAGUCCUGCCGAUCGAGAGAUCGUUCUACAGGGUGGACUUGCCGUCGUUGAAUGUUCGUGGGCACGACUGGAUGAUGUACCGUUCAAUAAGAUUGCAAGCCCUCAUGAACGUUUGCUGCCUUAUCUCAUCGCCACAAAUCCUGUCAAUUAUGGAAAGCCAUGGCGAUUGAACUGUGUCGAAGCUCUGGCUGCAGCGUUCUAUAUAAUCGGAUUCGGUGAUUACGCAGAAAAGCUUUUGUCUGGCUUUGGUUGGGGAGAAGCAUUCUUUAAAGUGAAUAAGCCUUUCAUAGACAAGUAUCGAAAAUGUCAUUCUGCAGCCGAAGUCAGUGCAGCUCAAGAGAAGAUCAUAGAAGAUCUUGAAAGCAGUUGGCAACAGUCCAGGAAAGAAAAAGAGGAUGCAGGUGAUGAUCUGUUAUUCGAGAACCCGAAUCAUCAACGUCGUCUCGGAGAGCAGGGGGAAAGUGAUUCAGAGUCUGAAGUUGAUGAGGUCGGGGACGAAAUUGAGUCUUUGUCCGGAGUCCUCUCCAUUACAAAUUUACACCCACAGCACCAGUAA